AUGUUUCCCUUCAACUAUCUAACUAGACAAUCUGCAGAAACGACGAUUCACUCUAGUCCACAGACGGUCAGUAUCCAAACAAAGGAUGGAAGCCUCUCCAUUCUCGAUUUUACCAAGAAAUACGCACCGGCUGUCUUGAGCCGGUUCCAGCCUGCCUGGUGGCUACCCAACGGACACGCCCAAACCGCAUAUUGUGCAACUGGCAACUUUGAGAACAUUGAUAGAGUACAGUACCAGCGAAAGUAUCUCCGGUUGCCAGAUGGUGGGACAAUCGGCAUCGACUUUACUCCCCCGCUGGACGCGCCACUGCCCGCCGACACGCCUAUUAUCGUAGUCGAACACGGGCUCACUGGGGGUUCGUCUAUAGCCGUCCUUUCAACUUGUGCUCACUGCCCUCAGGUUCCCAUGAAUCGUAUGUCCGCAAUAUUCUCGCUGCAGCCUGUGCCCCCAAAGGACCAGAAUGGACUUGGCUAUCGUGCUGCCGUAAUCAACUUUCGAGGAUGCGCCGGUGUACCGAUUACGUCGCCUCGGUUCUACUCUGCGGCGUGCACAGAAGACCUGGCUUGCGGGGCCCUGUACAUCUCGACCUUGUUCCCAGAGGCAAAGCUCGUUGGUAUAGGGUUCUCCUUGGGUGCAAAUGUCAUCACGCGCUAUCUUGGAGAAGAAGGAAAACAGAGUCGUCUCAAUGGAGGACUUGCCCUCGCAUGCCCAUGGAACCUCGUCGAGAAUAGCAAGCAUCUGGAGGGCAAUUGGUUCAGUCGUCACGUCUACAGCAGCGCAAUGGGGAACAACCUUCUUCGCCUUUACAAGUCACAUCUCCACACACUGGAAACUUUUAAGGAUACUCACCUCCUCAAGGUUCACCCUAAUGUCCUGAAACUCAAAUCUCCCAAACUCAUCGAUAUUGAUCAUGUCUUGGUUUCUCAAACUGGAGGCGCUGCGCCCGUCUGGCCGUUCCCCAGUGCGCUUGAAUACUAUCAAUACGCAAGCAGCGAUCAUGCGCUGCCCGGUAUCGCAGUUCCAUAUCUUGCCAUUAGCGCACAGGAUGACCCCAUCGUCCGACUCAUUCCCCGACCAGACGAUCCGAAGACUGAGGCAAGCGGAUGGGUCGCGGUCGCCAUCACAGAACGUGGAGGUCAUCUCGGUUGGUUUGAAGACGGAGAACAGCGCGGUGAAGUCCGGCGUUGGAUAUCGAAACCCGCCCUCGAAUGGAUACGAGCAGUAGCCGAGGAGUUUGUACGAGAAGAUGGUCAAGGUGGACGCCCUAUCGAAGUUGUAGACGGCUUCACCAGAGAAAUUGGACGACCCAUGAUUGGAUUCCGCGAAAUCGACGAGAAAGAUCUUCCAAAGGGAGCAAACGCAGAAGGGCUCACCAAAGGGCUCUAG